AUGUGGGAUUCUACUCCUCCUCGCACUCCUCUCGAGGUCACCUUCGAGGAAAACGACUCCGAGCAUGGCACUAUCACGCCUGACUACGACACCAUGUCCCCUGUCGUUGCUCACCUCGAGAAGCUUGCCGUUACUCACAAGGACCAGAACAUUGAGGACUGCAAUACCUCUGAGUAUGAGCCCUCUCUCGAGAGCGACACUCUUGUUGGGACCGAUUCUCCUCCCGAGUCACCCAUCGAGGCUUUUCUCCUACGCCCCGAGACUCCCCAGCAGAGCCACUGCACUGUGAACACCGAGGCAAAGGUCACCGUCCGCAAUGGCCAGGCCUACACACACUCCGAGAUCAAGCUGAUGUAUCUGUCGAUCGCUGAGGCCCGACACAAUGGAGAGCUUCCUGCUACCACAGAGACUUCUCUCGAUGCUAAUGCCGUCGUUGACGACUUCAACUCUCUCGUUUACCUCCGACGUGUCCGUGGUAACCAUCUGGCGCAAGCUCCCCCUUCGUACGUUCACCUCCGAGAGCAAAUUGCCUUGGGUAUUCAACAGCGUGCCGCCUCUCAGCACCAUGAAAACCAACAAGAAGCCGCUCGUCGUGUCAAUCACUACCUUCAGGCUGUUGAGCAUGAGCAACGCUACUAUCAUUCCACCAACGCCAUGGUUCGUCGUCCCAAUGAGCAUGGCUUCAUCAACGUCGACGAUGACAUUUGCUCCAUGGUCGAGCAUACUAUUGAGCAGGGCAUUGCUGAUGCCACUGGGCCUCUUCGCAUGAAUGUUGGCCGAUUUUCUGCCAAUGUCGAACAGCACACAGGUCUUCUCCAGCAGCAGAGUCAUUUCGUCGAGGCUCAGGACCAUGCUCUUCAGCGCCAACAUUUUGUUGCUCAGAAACAAGAAGAACUGGCUAAGCGUCACGAUGCCAUUACUCAGCAUCAUGCUGGCAUGCUUCAACACCAGAGCAACUCUAUCCAACGACAAGACUAUGCUCUUCAACAACAGAACAACCUCACCCAGUAUCAGGCUGGUAUUGUCCAACAACAGGACCACGUUCUUCAGCAGCAGUAUGACCUUCUCCAGAACCAAUCCUUCUCCCUUCGCAAGGAAAGUCGUUUCUUCAAGAAGCAAAACGACGCUCUUGAGAAGCAGAACCAAGCCGUGCGAGAGCAUCUCAAUCUCCAGCAUGCCCACAUUGCUCGCAUGCAAGAACUUCUUGAGCCUCAGGCCUACAACAACUACGCAACAGCCCAGAACCUCGCGAGUGCCAAUCAGCUUGUUAGCAACUUGUCGUACGAGCUCCCUCAUGUCAUUAAGAAGGCAGUCGCGGAGAGCAUUGAGGAGACCGCUCGACUACACGCUCGCCAGGCUCUCGAGUCCGCUGUUGAUAUCUGGCAGCAAGGAGUUCGCCACGACAUGUCUGCGAGCGAGAGUGUGUCUUCGAACGACACGACCGUAGACACCCACGACAAGCUUGAACUCAACACCAAGGCUUGGGCCGCUGCCUGCAAGAAGCCUGAGAAGAAGAAGGCUACCACUGACGUCGAGGUUACUGAGCGAAGUGAACGAUCCUCGCUCUACCGCAUGGUCAGCAAGUUCAAGCGCCGCCGCAUCGCGCGCAACUAG